AUGAGUACGAAUGACUCAGUGCAGAAAGGGCGUGUACACAGCAACACGGUGGAGGUGCAAAGUGCUCCUCAUGAGAAGCAGAAGUCUCUCAAUAGAUGGACCCAAAAUUCAGAGGAGAAGGAUGAUGAGUUCCCAAAUAUUAAAGAUUCAAUUUUGCCAACAUUCUUCCCUUUCGAGGCCAGUAGUUCAGAACCGGCAAAUGAGGAUGUGCGAAAGGAGAUGUCAAAUGGUGGUGAUAAAACAUCUGAAGUAUAUUCACUAAACUUGGAGGUAUCUGAUGGGACAGGCAUUCCAGUGCUGCUGAGUGAAGAGAUGCUCGCUCAACUUAUAAAGGCUUCUGAGGAAGAACAUCAAGAUGUGGAGAACGAUGAGGAAGAUAGUGAUGAAGAUGACAUCGAAAAAGUAGCAGAUACAAAUGUUAGGAAUGUGGAAAUAUCAUCAAAGCCUAUAAACGAUGGAGAGGAACAGCAAUGGCAGCAAAAAGAGAAAGAUUUUGUAGAGGGGGAGGUGGGGAGUAGCCCAGACUCAGAGAUACCAGUAGAUUUAGACUAUGCUGAUGACAGCAUAUCUACACAAGCUCAAAAUUCCAAGAUGUUUGGAGAGGAAGAGAACGUGGACAAUGAGCUUCCCACAGCCAUGGAAGACUAUGAUACACAGCCUAAUCAAGAUUAUGAAAAUUCCAAAGAUGGACAGGAAGAAAAACUUGACCAAGCUAUGCUUUCUGAAAAUCUCCAAGAUAAGCAGAUCCUACCAAAUCCUGAGACUGAAACAAGCAGUACAGAUGAAGUCAAGGAGAGUAGAGACCUUGAAGAAAAGACACCCAAAGUACAGAUGGAAAGCAAGAGUCUGGAAAAAGGGCAGAUCGACCAGGCUUUGAGUGCUGAGGUGACCUCAGAGCAUUCACCAGACCAAGAGGCUAAGAAAGAGACACAGAUCUCACUCAACACGGCCUCCUUUUUGGGAAUGAACCCAGUGCAGAUCAGGGCUGCAAUGGAUCUUUUCCCCAGAGACAGACCGACAGCUCAACCCAAAUCCAGAACUGGAGCUGAUCCAGGACAGGAAGCUUCAGUUGACUCGUGUGAGAACUUCCACUGUAAGCGAGGAAAGACAUGCAAGCUGAACAAUAUGAAGAAGCCCGGCUGUGUGUGUCAAGAACCUGCAGACUGUCCACCAAGUCUUAGUGAGUUUGACCAUGUGUGUGGAACAGAUAACCAGACCUAUGAAUCAUCCUGCCAGUUAUUUGCCAUCAAGUGCAGCCUUGAGGGCAGCAAGAAAGGUCACAGACUACAUCUGGACUACACCGGCUCCUGCAAAUUUAUUCCACCAUGUCUGAAGACAGAACUGAUAUAUUUUCCACUACGCAUGAGAGACUGGAUGAAAAAUGUGCUGCUGCAGCUCUACAAACAAGACUUCCUUACAGCCAAGCAGAGAUCCAUUGUUCAGAAGAUGUACGAGGAUGAGAGGCGUCUCCAUGAAGGCGAUCACCCUGCUGCACUCCUGACUCGGGACUUUGAGAAGAAUUACAGCAUGUACAUAUAUCCAGUGCAUUGGCAGUUUGCACAAUUGGACCAACAUCCAUCAGACCAGUUCCUGUCUCACUCAGAGCUUGCUCCUCUGCGUGCUCCUCUGGUUCCUAUGGAGCACUGCACUUCAGUGUUUUUCCAUGAGUGUGAUGCAGACAAGGACAAGCAGAUCUCUUUCAGAGAGUGGUGCCAGUGUUUUGCGAUUAAGGAUGAGGACAUGGACUCCAAGCUGCUGUUCUGAAUGAAGGAAGUUUCUCACCAUCAGAGUGUUCAAGCUAGUAGAGCUCUUUCAAAGGAGAGAAAGAAGAACUAUUUUGAUAGCAAACAAAGGAGUAAAAAAUCUCUAGUGGAAGGACAAAGAUGUUUUGUUUCUUACUAUGUGAUUUUUUUUUAAUUGAGAAGCAAUAGCUGCUCUUAAACUGAAUAUAGAAGUAAAGCAGUUUGUAUUAGCAUAGUGUUUUCUUUCUAUUUUAAUAUUGAUAUAAAUGAA